AUGUCUACGACUACCACAUACUUGUUAGUGUUGUUCCUUGGGGUGGUGGUUCUAACCCCUCCUUCUCUUGCUCAAUAUCACAACACUCAUAAGGAGGAGUCAGAAACACCAGCAAUAGCAGCUAGUGCCCACCACCACCACCUCAACGACCACAAGCCCGAGCCACCUACGACUGCUCCAGUACCACCACCGGAAACAUCAGAAUUCUUAGAAGAAGCAGUAGCACCUAAGGACAAGAAAAAGUCAACACCACCAUCGGAAGCACCAGCAGAAGGACACAGUUCCCAUCACCACCACCACCACCACCACGGCACAAAACAACAUCCCAAGCCCAAGCCAGCCACAAAUGCUCCAGUGCCACCACCAGAACAAACAACAGAGAAAGCACCCGCAGAAGGACCAAAACUGGAGAAAAAGUCAUCGCCAUCAUUAGAAGCACCAGCAGAAGCACCUAGCCACCCAAAAGAACAUCAGCCACCAGCGGCGGCGCCAAGUUCCCACCACCACCACCGGAAACUAAAGCACAAUCCACAUAGGAGGGCUCCACAGUCCACCCCCACCACCACCACUACCAAAUUUCCAUUUGUGCGGGUGUCAUUUGAUAGUAUAGACAACCUAUGGGUGACUUGA